GUAGAUAUUUUAAAGGUUAGCUUAUAGGUUAAGUUUUUCCGUGUCUCCCUUUUUCUAUCUCACUAUGUCUUUUUCUCUUUCUGUCUAGAAUUUUUGUUUCUAAGUGAUGAUAAGAUUUCGAAUGAAGAACGGAAAAAUAGAAAGUAUGUCAUAUUUAAGCGAGUGGAGAAAAUCAUUACGUGUUCACCAUGUUUACCGAUUUGCUAACAGUACUUUUUAUAUUCAAAGACAUUUUUUAGGAUUAAUGUGCCUUUUAUUUUGCGUUCCAAUAAUACUUUUGUUUUAUCCUUUUUUUAAUAAUGUCAUUUGUACACCUGUCACUCAUCAACCCUUGUCUCAGUGUCAUCAUUAUAAAUACAAUAAAACAUAUCCAUCUACUUCACCUAUCAGAACAUCUAAAGGUAUCACUUAUAGAAUAGCUAUAGUCAGUGAUUUAGAUGAUGAUUCAAAAAUCUUAGAUUCUAAAUAUACUUGGCAUAGUCUUAUGAAGACUGGUACUUUAUUCUGGAAUCCAUCUACAAAUUCUAUUUCAAUAGUCUGGGUCGAAAAGACUUUUGUUUUAUCUUCAUCCUUAGCGAUGAAAGAUAGAGGCAUGGAAUUGUCAGAAUUGAUCACAUUUGAUGGUCACUUAUUGUCUUUCGAUGAUCGUACUGGGGUAAUUUAUAUUAUUGAAGACAAUCAGGUUUAUCCUUGGGUCAUUUUACUUGAUGGCAAUGGAAAAAAUCCAAAGGGAUUUAAGUCUGAGUGGGCAACAGUUAAAGAUGAAAUGUUGUACGUUGGCAGCAUGGGAAAAGAAUGGACAACACCGUCUGGAGAGUACGAGCACAAUAAUCCUCAGUGGAUCAAAAUAGUUUCUCCUAAAGGAGAAAUUAAUUCUGUAAAUUGGAUUUCAAAUUAUAAGAGAUUGAGGUUAUAUGAUACAUGAGUCUGGAGUAUGGAGCGAUGUACACAAAAGUUGGUUCUUUUUACCAAGAAGAUGUUCCAAAGAACGCUAUAAUGAAACUAAGGAUGAGACGAUGA